AUGACUGAGGCCCUAGUGGGAGGAGCAAUUCUGAAUGCAACCCUUCGCGUGUUGUUUCACAGAUUGGCAUCUCGAGAGGUUCUGGACUUCAUCCGGGGAAGAAAAGUCUCUGAUACACUGCUAAAGAAGUUGGAGACUUCUUGUCUUGCCCUUAACGCAGUGCUCAAUGAUGCAGAGGAAAAAGAAAUCACUAACCCAGCUGUGAAAAAGUGGCUUGAUGAGCUCAAAGAUGAUGUCUAUGAUGCAGAGGACCUUUUGGAUGAGAUUGCUACUAAAGUUUUGCAGUGCCAGUUGGAAGCUAAGAGUAAGGUACAUAAUUUUAUCUCUACUUCAUUUAAUUGGACUGGGAUGAAACUAGAAUCAAACAUAGAAAAAGUCCUCGAUAGGCUGGAAUCUCUAGUUACACAAACAAAUGUUAUAGGCCUGAGAGCAGGUGUUGAAGGGAAAUCUUCCCAAAGAGUUCCCACAACUUCUGUACUAAAAGAAACUAGAAUUUAUGGUAGGGAUGAUGAUAAAGAGCCAAUAGUCAACUUGUUAAUCUCAAAUGAUGCAAAAACCAAUGACCACCCCUGUGUGAUUCACAUAGUGGGCAUGGGUGGGAUUGGCAAGACCACCCUUGCUCGACUUAUCUACAAUGAUCAAAGAAUCACUAAACAUUUUCGCCUUAGAUAUUGGGUUUGUGUUUCUGAAGAAUUUGAUGUGCUUAAGAUCACAAAAUUAAUUCUUGAGGCUGUCACUUUACAAAUAUAUGACACUACAGACUUUAAUAUGAUUCAAACUACAUUGAAGGAGAGUUUGAUAGGAAAAAAGUUUUUACUAGUUCUUACAGGUCAUUCAGCACAUGGACAGCUGCUCUUGGAUUUGCUCAAUGAGGUUGCUGCCAUACGAGCUGAGCUUGCUGCCACUAGAGGUGCCUCUCCACCAGCUCCACCCUUGGAUCAGCCAUGAUUGCCCUUUGGCAAUACGUUACAAAAAGGGGGAGUGCAUAGUGAUAGGGGGAGAUAACUUUUUUUUGGUAUGGGGAGUUCUUUUAUGGAGAUGUAUAUAUUUUUUUUGAUGUAUGUAUUUUAUUUCUUUUAUUUUAGUUCUUGUUUCACAAACUUUGAUACAUUAUGAUUAUAUUGUGAUGUUUAUA